GGGCAAAGAUCUUUGGUUUGGGGAAAGUUGUUUUUCUAUGUGUGUAGCAUAUUUUAUUUUGUUUGAAUUGCUUGUUUAUAAUAUCGAUUCACUCUUUAUUAUUUUUCCAAAUAAAUUUAUAUCCUGAGGAGAAAAUCUUAAAAUUUUAAACCAGAUAUAAAAAUGUCUAACGUGUUUUAUUGAUAAACUCCACGUGCGAUUUUUGAGGUUAUAAUAUCCGCGAAUUGAACAUUUUUGGACUUGAAAAAACGACCAAGUGUUUGCUGUAAAGUUGCAAUUUUAAAAGAACGAUGACAGAAUCUGCUGAGAACGUUACUACAGAUGACAUUUCAAAAGAAACUGAACGGAAUAAUUUGUAUGAGUAUCUCGAUAGGGACGAUUUUACUUCAGAAAAAUAUAAAAUAGAAGUGAGAGGACUGCCAAAAUAUUAUGGCAUUGGAGAAUUUAAGAAAUUUUUGGGCGAUAAGUUGGAGUUGGAAUUUUGUAAAGUCAAACCACCGAGAAAAGGAAGCGGUUGGCUUUAUGUUUCUUUUCGAAGUGCAGAAUCUCGUGAUAAAGCGAUUUCUGUCCUGCAUGGUGUUAUGUGGAAAAAUUCCAAACUUUCUGCUCACGCCGCAGCUCCAGCACCUGAUCCGUUUAUUAAACGUAAAAUCGAAGCAAGAGAAGCUGCAAGUAAAAGAUCAAAAACUGAAGAAAAUGAUGAGCCCGUUACACUCGUUUGUUCAAAAGUUCUCGUAAAAAAGACAACAAUUCCUCUUUGGGACAUGCCUUAUCCAGAACAGUUGCAACUCAAACAGAAAGAAAUGAAAACAGUAUUAAUUAAAAUGGGCCAGCAAAUAUUAAAGGAAAAUAAGAAUCUGAAAGACUGGCUCUCGUCUCAAAAUGAAAAGUAUGAAGGCUUACCUUGCGAGUUGAUGCCAAUCCUGAGUGCAGAUCUAAUUGAGGGUUAUCGAAACAAAUGUGAAUUUACAAUUGGAAGGGAUACCGAUGGAAAUAAAAUUAUUGGAUUCAGAUUAUCAAGUUAUGCUGCUGGAUCUACAGCUGUCGGACCAAUAGAUGAUUUAUGUCACAUUCCCGAAAUUAUGAAGUCCGCAGUCAAGAUUUUAGAAGAAUUUAUUCAUCGUUCAGAACUAGAUGUAUAUAAUCCGGUAAAUCAUACUGGUUCUUGGAGACAAGUUACAGCUAGGACAACUCGUUUAAAUCAUUUGAUGUUCAUAAUAGGGGUGCAUCCCCAAGAUUUAAGUCCGGACGAUUUGACUAAAUUGAAAACGGAAUUGCGGGACUUUUUCGAAAAUGGAAAGGGCGCUCAAGCGAAAGUGACAUCAUUGUUUUUUCAGAUUUUGGAUAGACAAACUGGUAGAAGCGACGAAAGUAGCAAAUUAGAGCACCUUAGUGGCACAGAAUACAUAGAAGAAAAUUUACUUGGAAUGACUUUUCGAAUUUCCCCGCAAGCUUUUUUCCAAACAAAUACUCUGGGAGCGGAAGUUUUGUAUAAAGCUGCAAUUGAUUUGGCUAAACCGACGGAAGAAACGGCUCUAAUCGAUGUUUGCUGCGGAACUGGAACUAUAGGACUGGCUUUCUCAAAGCACUGUGGUGAAGUAUUAGGAUUGGAAAUGGUAGCUGAUGCUAUUAAAGAUGCGAAGGUAAACACCGUUCAAAAUGGUGUGACAAAUUGCGAAUUUUUCGUUGGAAAAGCCGAAGAUGUUUUAUCUCCAGUACUUCACCGAACGACUAAACCUACCUUAGUGGCAAUUGUUGAUCCACCAAGAGCUGGUCUCCAUCAUAGAGCACUUGUGGCUUUACGUAAAGCAAAAAAAUUAAAUAGACUGGUUUAUAUAUCCUGUGAUCCUAAGGCGGCGAUAAAAAACUUGGUAGAUCUGGCAAGGGCGAAUUCGAAACACUAUUCAGGAGAGCCUCUAGUUCCAGUAAAAGCGGUGCCAGUUGAUAUGUUUCCGUAUACAAGGCACUGUGAAUUAAUAAUCUAUUUGGAACGACUCGCUAAAUCGGAAUAGAUUUUAUAUGAUGUACAAAUCCUAUAGAACAAUAUAAAGAUGUUCCAUAUUUGUAUAUAUUUAUAGGAAAUAUAUAAAAAGUA